UGUUACCAGACCAACGAACUUAAGACCUCGGUAAUUCAAACUGCGUAACCAUGCUAGUUAGCAUAAAUUACAUUACAGAUCCUUCACCAAGUAGUAGCACUAUAUAAGUACACGCAUAGUCGUGUGCAGGAGACAAGAGGUGAAUAUAAAUUCGUGUCCAAAUCUUGGAUACUUCCACAGACAACAGGGUUCACCUACUCGAUUGUCCAUGAUCUUGUCCUACUAAUCAGCACGCACGCGCACACGGGCAUUUCACCUGUUCCAUUUGCAAAACCAGAAGGGGGCAUCAAAGAGUCCAGAUCCAAACCAAGAAGCUAGCUAGCUCCAUCCAGGUUUCAUCAACCGUUGGGAGAUGAAUGGCUACUCCAACCUCGCCUCCUCUUCGCCGCCUGCAACGGCGGCGGCCAGUGCUGGCGGCGGCGGCCGAGCCAGGCGAUCGCUGGAGCUGACCAACACCAAGGAGACCAAUGCGUGGGAAGGGCUGGCCAUUGGGGCGGUCACUCUUGCCAGGACCUUCUCCACCGGCUCCCACAGGCUCUGCAGGUCGGGCGAGAAGGUCAGGGCCGCCGGGCACCUGCCGGGCGCGCUGAGGAGGGCGUUCUCCAUGAGGCGGCACCCGGCUGCUCCUGGAAAGGGGGAUGGGUACUACUGGAGGAUCCACGACAUGGAUGGGGGCAGCGACGGUGAAGGCAAUGCUUGCGAGGAGCGUGACGAGAAGGAGGAGGAUGAGGAGGAGCAGGGGAAGAAGAAGGAGGAGGAAGGUGAUGUGAAAGAGGAGGCCAAGGGAAUGACGAAGAAGAAGAGAGGUAUUUUCAAGGCAUGUAAGAAGCUUUUCUGGUUGUGAAUUGUGACAGCAACUUGUUCAUAGCGAGCUGCUUCGGCUGUGAUGAAAAUUAAGGAAAUGUUUCAGUACUGCGCCUGUGUGCUGAAUUGCUGAUGUUUAUGUGCCUCUUCACUCGUUGCUGAUC